AUUACAAUCAAUGAUCAUUCUUUGCCGAGACAACUCAUAUAUAUAAAUGAAACAUUAAUAUGAACAGUUUCGCUUGACUAAUACAGGUAAGGAACACUUCGCCGACGACUUUGCUUCCCCGUUGGAGCCUGAAAUGUCGACGCCUUACCACAUUGCCUACGCGAAUGAGUAUACAUCUCAGCCUGCUCUGGGACGGUCUCCUAGAAGCAGUGUCUCUCCACCACGCCACCGGUACAACUCUUCACCAACUCAUCUGCCAGAAUGCCGAUCUUGAGGUGUGUCGCCUCCCCGUCACCAAUACAAUUCUGCAGUUCAUCUGCCAGAGGGGCGGACGAAGGGGGAAUACACUUCCCCUGCCCGUCCUCCAUACACAUCAAUAGAUUCUUCAAAGGAGGGGCGACCACCUAUGGUUGAUUCAUCACCUCAACAUCAACAUUAUAAUACUUCUCAGGUUGCCGACUACCGGCCCCCAAGAGGCGGUAUAUCCCCUAUCAACUAUCAAGACGGCAACCAUUCCAAUCAUGAUGACGGCAGGCCACCCAGGAGACCUAGAGUGGGCGGGCCGCGGCCCUCGAAGGUGAAACGUUACCUCUUGACUAGGGACCCAAAGGACAGGCGCAUUUCAGGUAACGGUCUGGGUAUGAAGGUUGUCGGCGGGAAGGAAAUACCCGGCACCAAGGGACGUCUGGGAGCUUAUGUCGCUCGCCUUCACCCAAGCGGCGUGGCUGAGGCCCUCGGCGUGCUUAAGGAAGGUGACCUUCUACUUGAGUGGAACGGAGUCUCCCUGGUUGAUCGCACCUACGAGGAGGUACAAGCCAUUGUUGUGCAGUCUGUGGACGACGUCGACGUGGAAAUUGUCGUACGCAGUGACAUCAAUAUGAUCACGGGAGAGCGUAUGGCAGGAGCCAGCAGCAGAAGUGGUGGAUACCAUGGCUCCUCUGUGACCUACACCAGCCCCUGCUACCAAAGUCCUCGGCGAAGACCUAACCCAAUUCCUGAUGAUCCACUCGAUAUUAAUGGGAAUCGCUCCAACUUUGAUUGUCCUGUAUAUAAUUCUAAUCGUAAUAACUCACAGGAAAACAUUUAUAUAAAUGAAAAUAGAUUUGGUGAAAGAGAUGGCGAUGCCACAAUGAAUGGGAAGAUGGGGAAUUCACCAAAGACGGACAGAACCCGCGUUCGGUCGACGUCGAGGCCCGUACAUCAUGGGGUCAGCCCUGAGAUGCAUGGAAGAUCACAAACUAGUCCUGUCCUAGAGGAAGUAGCAGAUCAUGACUUGCACCAGCUUCAUGACGAAGGUCUGCCAGUAUUAAAUUCCGCAUCUCAAAGAGGCUCUCCAUCACAGUCACAAUCACCUACGGAGCGUCAUAGUCCAAAUGUAGGUGCUGUAGUGUCUGGUGGAGUUGGAUCUCAAGUGUUGCCAGAGCGGAGCGGACCAGACGGUGCUGUGUCCAGCCCACCACGUCACCACAACACUGCUGCCAACCGCCGCCGACCAAACUCUAGGAAUAACGUUAAGGUGUCGGGGACGGGACCGUCAAAGGCCAACAGUGAGCAACAGAUGGGUGAGGUGCAACUGCAGGUGUGCUAUGACUCCCGUGCAGGUAUACUGUACGUGACAGUACUGAGGGCACGGUCACUUUACACUGUACGUGACGAUGGCGACACCCGUCCUGACCCCUUCGUUAAGGUCUACCUCUUACCAGGACGAAGCGUUGAGAACCAGCGGCGGACCCGGUUCUUGAGCUGCACCAGCAGCCCGGACUGGAACCAGACCAUGGUGUACCCUAACCUCCAACCCGGCGACCUUGCCAAACGUCACCUGGAGGUCACUGCCUGGAAUUUUCAAGCAAACAAACCUAAUGAAUUCCUUGGGGAGGUUGUGUUGAACUUGUCAGAUUCAACACUGAUGGAUGAGCAGGCACGAUGGUAUCAACUGCAGGAGCCAGACCGCGCAGAAUUUGGGGAGUAGCUGGCAGAUUAGACGUGUAGGGCAGCAGCUACGGACAUCACUAGGGUAUUAUAGUGCUGUUAAAGCGUGGGGCAGCAGCUACGUACCGAAGUGAGCUGAAGUUUACUUUCAGCCAAGAAGGACUUAAAAGCCGACCAAGUUGUAAUUCCAACAGGAUAAAUGUGAAGUAAACACUACUAUUGCUAUUUUCUUGCUGAUGAUAUAAAUAUGUUAUGGAAAACAAUGGGUGAUGAGUGUCACCAACUGCUGUUCUCUCGUUAUACCCUUUUCUGUCCAACAUUGUCACAAACACCUUUUAGGGUCAUCAAUUACUUCUAUUUAUCUUGUGGACUUGAAGGUACAAUGCAAAUAUGAAGUAAUCAGCAUUUCACUGGACUAUGUAAGGUAUUGUGUUUACGCUUAUUAAAGAAGAAUGAAAAGGGAUGAAUAAAAGCAAUAGUUAUGGGGAGCACAAACUAUUAAUGAAUGAUAUCUCGAGAACAUAUCUAAGGGUUAAGACAUACGUGUGAUGUUAAGGAUGUUAUUGCUUCAUACAAAAUUUAAGUUAAGACAUACGUGUGAUGUUAAGGAUGUUAUUGCUUCAUGCAAAAUUUAUAUGGAGGAGCAGAUGCCUCCUUCACAGCAGCUUUUAUCUUCCUUACUUAAUAUUGUAGAGUCGUUCGCACAUUGUCAGAGGCGAUUCAGUAUGACCAUUAUCUACACCAGUGUUAAUAUGCGUGUAAUUGUAUGAGCUUAAAAUUAAUUUCUUUAUACUUAUUAUUGUCAUUAUCAGAACUUUCGUUCCACUAUUUUUUUUUUCCUAUGUAAUAUAUGCGUAAGAGAUGCGUAAAAUGUUGAUGGUGUGAUGUUGACGCGCAUAAUAGUAAUAUUCACUCUCAAUAACAUAUUUUUGUAUAUCAGUUUCCUAUUAGGAAAUGAUAAGACCCUCCAAGUGAAUAUUCAAUUUUAGGGGAGAGUUCAGUUUACAAGUUCAUGUAAACAACGUCUGGUGACCAAGAGUUGUUAUUAGAAGAAUGUAAAAUGUUUAACUCAUUCUUUUCUUCUAAAAUCUAAAGUCUAGUACAGUAUGAUGUAUAAUAUGUCUAUAAUAUGAAGUAUACAACUAUGUACUCCUUAUGAGAGUAAAGUUCAACUCGUUGCUUCAUGACAGAGAGCUUUAUGUACUGUAAGUGUUGUUGUAUCAUAAUCAGUUGUUAGUGUUUAAGUGCCCAUUAAUGAUGAUAUUGCUGUGCAUGUUGCCAUUGUUAUACGUUACUGUUAUGCAGUGUGAGUGUGCGUGAGAACAUAAGGUAUUCAGCCUAAACCGCCGGCCUUAUCAUGCACGAUUGUAUUAAAAUACCCAACCAACACGUGAUCACAUAUUAAUUGUCCAAAAUAGUGAGUCCCUUAUUCAAUAUACCAAACCUUCACUGUCCAGUCUCCAUGUUCAAUAUAAUAAAAAGAGUCUAUAAACAAACUAGCUGAAGUUGUGUUCUAAACUUAAGUGCAGUUAAUGAUUGAAAUCAAAACAUGAUAUGAAAGAGCAAGAAAGAUGUGAAUGCUUAACGAUUGAGAAUACGUACAGGCCAAUAGGCCAGAUCACUUGUUGCCUCAUGCCGUGAUACUAAGAAGGCUGGAAAUGAUAGGAUCACGAGUAAGAGGAUUCAUUUCGACUCAUGACGUGUGUCAGUGUCAGGUGUCUUACUCGCUAUAUACAUUGGUCAACUUGUGCCAUUGUUAUGCCUAACUUGGCAGUACUGCACUGUUUUAUAGAUAAUGCAAUCAUCAAAUGAAAAAAAUAUAACAAAUAAUA